UAUAACUCUCUGCAAUGAGCACAGAUUUCAGAGGGUAUGUAUCAUAGACAAAGAUAUUACACAAUCUUUGAUCAUAGAUAUAUCUCUGGUCUGUAUCUGUAAUCUGUGUCUAUGGUUUUCUGUGUUGUUGAUUUCAUAGCACUCUGUAAUCUGUGUGUGUGACAAACUUGAUGUUGAUGUUCUGUGGAUUAGUGUGAACCCAGAGACAACUGUGAUUACCUGAUAUAAAAAUUAACGUGUAAAAUGGGAAAAGUGAGCAAAUGUUGUGUAUAUGGAUGUAAUGAUGUCCUCAACAAGAGACAUCGGUUUCCUAAGAAAAAUCCUACUCUUUUCAAAACGUGGGUCGAUAUUAUCAAGCCAACGAAUUGGCAAAAAUUAUCUGAUCUGCAGAUCUACAACAGAUAUGUUGUAUGUCAUACACAUUUCGAGGAUAUUUAUAAAUUAGAAGGAAGUUCGAGAGGUCUCACAGAUGAUGCAGUGCCUACAAUUGGUGUUCAAGUUGCCCCUGAUGUGUGUGAUGAAUCAAUGAACCAACCGUCAACUUCCAAAGUGCAGAGUGUUAUGGAGUCACCAAAUGAAGAAAAUCUAGAUCCAGACCUAACAAAUAUGGAUAUCGGUGAACGUCGGAUAAGCAUUGAAGAGAUACAAAUUGAUGAUGUAGAGUUAGAAGAAAAAUUGGGAGUUAUCGACAUUAUCGAACAAUUCAUAGAUGAAAAAGGAGUUUAUGAAAGAAAAGAAUAUUUAGCCAAGAACGAAGUAAGUAACUUCGAUGCAAAUUCAUUAUCAUCUGCCUCUUUUACCGAAGAAAUACCUCCAGAUUCAGAUCCACCAAAGAAUAACUCUGAAUCAGCCCAUCUGGAGCAGUAUAAAUGUCAGAUGGGCAACUUUGCAGAAUUGGCUCAUUCGAAAGUUGUAGAACACAAGUGUCAUCUAUGCGAUUAUUUCACAAGUAGAAAAGUAGACCUAAAAGUCCAUGUUAAUCGUGUUCAUUCAAAUAUCAGGACUUAUAAGUGUCACUUGUGUGACUAUGCCGCAAAGAGAAAAGAAAGGCUUAACAUGCAUGUAAAAACCGUUCAUUUAAAAAUCAAGGAUUACAAGUGUCAUCUGUGUGAGUAUAGUGCGAGUCUGAAAGAAAGUCUUCAGAAGCAUGUCGACUCUGUUCAUAUAAAUAUCAAAAAACACAAAUGUCACUUGUGUGGUUAUGCUGCUUAUGUGAAAGGUAACCUCACGAAGCAUAUAGAUUCGGUUCAUUUAAAUGUCAAAAAAUACAAAUGUCACUUGUGUGACUAUGCCGCGACGAGAAAAGGACAUCUCAACAUGCAUGUAAAAGCCGUUCAUUUAGAAAUCAAGGAUUACAAGUGUCAUCUGUGUGAGUAUAAUGCGAGUGUGAAACAAAGUCUUCAGAGGCAUGUUGACUCUGUUCAUAUAAAUAUCAAGAAACACAAAUGUCACUUGUGUGAAUAUGCCACUGCUAUAAAAGAAAGCCUUAGCAGACAUAUAAGUUCUGUUCAUUUAAAAGUCAAAAAAUACAAAUGUCAAUUAUGUGAAUAUGCUGCAAGUCGGAAAAUCUACCUUAGCAGACAUAUAAAGGGGGUCCAUUUGAAAAUUAAGGAACAUAAAUGUCAUUUAUGUGAAUAUGCCACUGCUAUAAAAAAAAACCUUGAAAGACAUAUAGAGUCGAUUCAUUUGAAUAUUAAAGAACACGAAUGUCACCUAUGUGAAUAUGCUGCUAGUGCAAAAAAUAACUUGGCAGUACAUAUAAGUUCUGUUCAUUUAAAAGACAAGAAAUACAAGUGUCACCUAUGUGAAUAUGCUGCUAGUAGGAAAAGUCACCUUGAAAGACAUAUAGAAUCGAUUCAUUUGAAUAUUAAAAAACACGAAUGUCACCUAUGUGAAUAUGCUUCCAGUUCAAAACAUCACCUUGACCAACAUAUAGAGAAGAUUCAUUUAUAAGUGAAGAAUCACAAAUGUCACCUAUGCGAAUAUGCUGCUAGUAUACAACAUACUCUUGCGAACACGUGAAAUCUGUUCAUUCGAAAAUUGAGGAACUCAAGUGUCAUCUAUGUGAUUAGACUACAAAUAAAAAAGACAGCCUGAAACGGCAUAUUAUGACUAUUCUCUCGAUAAUUGAGAAUAACAAGAUUUUGUGAUGAAAUACUUAUUUUGAUCAAAAUAUGUAAAGUAAUGUACACUGUCUAAACAAUCUCAGCCAUUAUUGUUGACAUUGGUUGUGACUAAUUUUUGUGUGAAAUGGAAAUUUUGAGAUUUAGUUUUGAAGUGAACAUUUUAUAAAUAAAUGAUGAUAAACAUUUA